GCUGGUCCGACUUGAUUUACCUUCCCCCGCGAAGCAAGAGAUCGAAGGAGGAGCGGGAUGAGCCUCGGGAGCCGUUUCCAACGCUGUUGAUUCCCUAAGAGAGAGAAAAGGGGAGGAAGCCAAUAGUUGAUCUGCCUAGAGAGCAAUUUUCCAGACAAAAUCAAGGCAAGAAAUCACAAGAUGGAAAUUCCAGCAAGCAAAGAUUGCCCUUCGCAGAGCAACAGAGAUUCUGAUGGGUCUUGCCGAGCGUCUUCUGGCGAUGCAGCCUCAGAUAUGUGCAGCUUCGGGACGGUUGGCAGCUCCCCUAGGGGUCACACAUAUUGGGGGGAAGAAAUGUCAGGAGUCCCAAAUUCACACAACUAUUCCCUGAGCAGGAAAGGAACAUUUCAAUCGCCUUCACGCAGGGAGGAGGACUCUUGGCACCCAGGCCAAAAUUCUUCGGUGGACAAAUACAGGUCCAAAAUGGGGCCGUCUCUCUCCUGGUGCUUGGGUGAAUUAAAGACAGAAAACCUAACCCCAACUAAUGGGAGCAAGGCUGCCCAAGAUUUUAACCAAGGCUCUGAAAAACCGGGGGACUUGAAUGCUGAAAGUGGCACCCCUAACGGAGAGGAGACCUCCAACGGCAAACGGUCACCUUCUUACAAUAAUGGGAAUUUUAAGUCCUCUGGUUCAAACGUGGUCCUUGAUAGUCCCAUGGAAGAGGAGGACUCUGCUCUGCUUGCCAUGUUCCACACCGUGGCUAACAGCCGCUUAGCGGUCCAGAGCCAACAGAAGGACGAACCAGAUUUUACACCAGCCCAGAAACUGGGCAUUUUACGGAAUUUAUACCACACCAAGCCUCUGGUCUUCCUGGAGCGCUUCCGAACGGUCCUGCGCGAAGAACAUUUACCCUGUUUCCACCAUCUCUCUGGCAAUUAUGAGGCAGAUUUUUACUGCGCCGAGAUCCGCAAAGCAAAUCUGGGCAAAACCCUGCACACGAGGGUGAAGAACAAGCGCUACGCAGCUUUGCAACAACUCAUCAGAGGUGGAGAAUAUUUCAGCGAUGAGCAAAUGAGGGGCCGGGACCCCCUCCUGUAUGAGCAGUACAUUGGACAGUAUCUGAGCGAUGAGGAGCUGCAGGAACUGGGCCACUGUAAACUGGAGGCUUCCUGCUCCCUCUCGGGCAUCCUCCUCGAUUCCUAUCAGGAGAAGGUCAUCCAGCAGCGGCUGCUGAUCCAGCAGGAGCAGGAAGAGGCCUGCCAAGAAGAGGAGGAGGAAGACAGUGACCAGGACAGCCAAGACCAGGAUUUCAACCCUGAUGCCGACGAAUGGGUCCCCGAUGUGGAGGAGAAGGCUUUCCUGCGGGAAGAGUUCACGAGCCGUAUGUACCAGCACUUCCUGGAGGGCAAGGAUAUGGACUUCGACUACAGUGAAGUCGACGAGAAUCCAGAGUUUGAUAACCUCGACAUUGUCUCGAGAGACGAGGAAGAGCGUUACUUCGACGGCGAGGAGCCCGAAGCCGCCGACGGUAUGGAAACAGCCGAGACGGAACGAAGACCUUAAUUCCUGGGAUGAAGGUGAAGGCCCCGGGGCACCGCUGUUGACCGAGCAGGGAAGCGUACAUGGGUGGGAUCCCACUCGUGUUCUCAUUCCCCUUCCCUGAAUCGGAUGGAAAAAAAAUCAGCUUUUCACAUUCACAGCGAAGGUGUGAAAUCUUCAGAACCGGUUGACGAGGGCAGUUUGGAAGACACACACCCCCCCACACACACACAUUUCAUAGCCGGUGGGGAAAUUAGCACCUUGCUUCCUGAAUUCUUCAGAGUCCCCAGUAGGAAAAAAGAUGGCGGAGAACGGAGAGCUCUCAGAAAACCGGUGUGUGUUUGACGUGACCCAGAACAUCUCAUCCCUUUGUGGAGAUGCCAGCAUGUUGCUUUCCUGUGUCUGCCUUUUCCCCUUGAUUUGUAAAUCGGUAUUUGGGUGGUCUUACCCAACGAAUGUACUCCCACUCGCUGGCCCCCACCCUUUAGCCUCUGCCUCCAAGCGAUUUGCCUCCUUGCAGCAAACCGCAAAAUAGCCUGUUUCAACACAGCCUGAUUAGCGCAAGCAGCAGAUUGUCGGUUGGAUCGGCCUCCCAACCAUCAGCUGUUUUGGCCUCUGCGCGCCCCGUUUUUGACCGCCACGUGCCCCUUUUUCCACCCAUUCUGAUCCCCGCUGUCCCAGAACGGGCGGAAAACGGGGUGCACGGAGGCCGAAAAUGGGGCGCGUGGAGGCGGCAAUAGGCUAUGGCAAUCCCUGCAGCCUGAAAUAGCUGGUGUGGGAAGGCCACAAUCAGCUGCUUGUGCUAACAGGCUGUGCUGUAACUGAAACGGGCUGUUUGCUGCAAGGAGGCAAAUUGCUGGGAGGCAGAAGCAGAAUUUUUUCCCUUGUUUUCCUCCCCGAAAGCUCGGUGCGUCUUAUACUUCGGAGCCUCUUAUACUUUGAAAAAUACGGUAAUCAGUCCCCGUUAGAGACAGAUGCUGGCUCUCGCCCCAAAUCAACAUCCCACCGUCCCCUCCGGUGUUCUGCAUAUUCAAUGGCGAAUUGGGUGCAUUCUCCAGCACUCAGAGGCAAACAAUAAAACCGUUAAAUACG